AUGGUCAAAUCCAACAGCACCGGUGAUGUGGCCGUGGCCGUGCCCGUCAACACGAAGGAGCAACAGCCUCGCACCGCUACGGGCUCCCUCGUUGAGUUGCCAUUCAAGAAAGUUGUCGUCCAUCCACUGGUGCUUCUCUCAGUUGUGGAUCACUUUAAUCGCAUGGGCAAAAUUGGAAACCAGAAACGCGUUGUCGGCAUUCUUCUGGGCUGCUUGAAGGGAAACCGCACUUUGGAUAUCUCCAAUAGUUUUGCUGUGCCUUUUGAUGAAGAUGAGCGGGACAAGUCGGUCUGGUUUUUGGAUCACGAUUACCUGGAGAAUAUGUAUGCCAUGUUCAAGAAGGUCAAUGCUAAGGAGCGCAUUGUUGGCUGGUACCACACCGGACCUAAACUUCACCAGAAUGACAUUGCAAUCAACGAACUAGUUCGCAAAUACUGUCCCAGCUCUGUUUUGGUCAUCAUUGAUGCCAAGCCCAAGGACAUUGGCCUGCCCACCGAAGCGUACUUUGCUGUUGAGGAAGUUCAUGAUGAUGGUACUCCCACCUCUAAGACCUUUGAACACUUGCUCAGCGAGAUUGGAGCCGAGGAAGCCGAAGAGGUUGGCGUUGAGCACUUACUCCGCGACAUUAAGGACACCACUCUCGGAUCCCUGUCACAGCUUGUCACCAAUCAACUUCUUGGCCUUAAGGGCUUAAACGUUCAAAUACAGGCGAUCAAGAACUACUUGGAGGCUGUACUGGCUGACAAAUUGCCGAUGAAUCACACCAUCAUCUACUUGCUGCAGGAUAUCUUCAACCUGUUGCCCGAUGUGACGAGCGAGAACUUCGUCAAUUCAUCUUUUAUCAAAACCAAUGAUCAAAUGCUCGUCGUCUACCUGGCCUCGCUGGUGCGAUCUGUCAUUGCGCUGCAUAAUUUGAUCAACAACAAAAUCGCUAACCGCGACGCCGAAAAGAAAGAGUCCCAAAAGGACACGAAGAAGGAGACUGACAAGGAGGCCACCGAGAAGAAGGUCGACGCCAAAGACGCCGAGAAGAGCAAGGCGAAAAAGUGA